ACAUCGCAGCAGGUCCCAUUUUCGCUGUUUCACAAACAGCACCUUUCGCUCUCGAAACGGAGCACUUUAUUCAAUAUCUCACUCCGGAGAGCGCCAGGUUCGACUGAAAGCCUUCCCCCGGGGCGGCCUGUAGUCCUUUGCGCGAAAGUGGGUCAGUUUUAUAGCAUCGCUAGUAGUGGCGAGUGACGGUGGUGCGUUUAAACGGUAGUGCGGUUUUUAAAUGUAAGGUCUUUAUAGUGGUCGGAAUUGCCCUGCGUUACUGCUGCGAGCCUGUUGUGUGUGGUGCAAGCAACCCUUCGCGAGGAACGCUUUUCCGUCCGUCUAUCCGGAAAUGGGUUCCGAGGUGGAUGGGGCCGUUCUGAAACGGACACAGAGUGCACUGGGAAAAUUCGUGAAACGACCCGCACUAACCGAGAAGCUUCUUCGUAAACCACCAUUUCGGUUUCUUCACGACGUAGUUCACGCGAUCGUACGCGAGCAUGGCCUGCUGGAAGGCCUGUACACGGCUGAUGAACUGAAUUCGGACAACAUCAAGGAUCGCGAUUCGAAAAUGGCGUUUCUGCAGAAGCUUAUUGACGUCGUUAAGUUGCUUACCGAUCGUGAUCUAAAGGUUCGUCCCUCGAAGGUGGUUGCCGGGCUGGAGGUAGAGCGUACGAACGAGCUCCUGCAGGCGCUCGGAUAUGCUCUGGAGCAGAAGCUCACCAGUGCUAACAUCGUGCGACAGUAUCUAGCCGCAUCUGGGGACGUAUCCGGUCCAGCAUCUAACAACACUGUGGUAGCUAAUGCGACUGUCGCACCGGAAGGGCAGCAAACACGAAAAGAACCAGCUAAGGAUCGAUCGAAGGACAAAGAACCAGCAGGGGUCGAUAAACGAAAAGAUCGAAACUCUAAACCCAAAGAGAAGGAACCAGCCAGAAAUGGGAUAUCAGCGGUAGCGGUGGACGCAAAGAGCAGCGAUGGAAAGGGGAAGAGUAAAGUGCAAAAUGGUGCCGUCAAAGUAUCGAACGAUUCGAAAAGGAAGCUGGACAAACCGGCCAAGGGGAAGGAUAAGGAGCGCUCCCUUAAACGGAUACCUUCGAUACCGGAAGAGCAGCUGCAGCCUGCUCCACCGCAGACACCAACCGUCAACGAUCGGGGCACAGGUCACGAUGUGGUGCCCAACACUACAGUGAACGGUAGCGAACCAUUAACGAACGGCAAACAUUCAAAUGAGCGAAGGAAACGUCGCGAUUCGUACAAGGAAUUGACUGAACCGGUUGCAGUUCCGCUGGAGGAUGAAGCGGAAGCUGGUUCACUGACGAUGGAGGAAGAAAAUGAACGGCAUCGCAAACAGAACGGUACCGGAAGUAACAGCAGCAGUCGACGUUCGUCGCUUAAGAAACAGAAUAGCCUAACGCCCAGCGAGAACAACGCGCUGUCGGAGAUGAAUCAAUUCAACGGGCUCGAGAGCUCUCCAGGGCCGAGCCGGCAGGAUAGUGGCACCGGAAGUGAUCCAACUCCACCGACGAUCGAAACAGCCACGGUGCCAGAACCGGUGGCAGCAAGUGCUGCUGUAACCAUGGUAACCACGGCGGAUCCUUUAACAGCUCCAGGUGAAAGCCAUCCUCGCGGUGUCGUCACGGGGAAACCUCCGAUGCACCGACAGCAAUCGGUUGAGACGGUACUGCGACCGAGAACCAGCCUGAGGCCACCAAGUGUACGACCACCAUCGGCACGACCAGGGGCCCCACGGCGGAAGGAAAAGAAUGUCGAAGUGAUUCUGCAACCGAAUGAAAUGCAAAAACUGGGCGACAUCAACGUCAAGAUGGAGGUGUUCAAUAGUGAGCUGCUGGAUGAUGAUGGCGAGAAUUUGAUCGUCAUCGAGGAUCCCAUCAGUGCGGUCGAUGAUGUGUACGGUGGCACAGGAGCUAUCGGAAGUGUUGGCAUGGUGGUGGAUGGAGGUGAAGCAACCCAGCACCACGGGCAGCAACCGGGGCAGGGUCAAGAGGAACAUCAGGGCCACCUGGUGCAACAGAUACUGGAAACGCAGAAAGAGUUCUCCAACCAUGCAAACCAUGACGGUGAACUCCUGCGCAAGACCCAGGAAACGGAAUGGUCCAUCGGGCAGCGUCAGUCUUCGGCGAAGCAAAUGGAACAGCUUCGUGAAUCAAUCCAGAAGCUCACACGAUCCGUGAACCCACUUGGGAAGCUGAUGGAUUUUAUCCAGGAAGACGUGGACUCAAUGGAACGGGAACUGACCAACUGGCAGCACAUCUAUUCGCGCUCGAUCGUAGAGCUGAACAAGGAGCGAAGUGCCACCGAAAAUGCGAUUGAACCGCUGAAGCAUCAGCUGUCGCAGAUCGAGGUCAGCAUAAAGGAGUAUCGCGAAAUGAUCGACUCGACACGGGCCACCAUCUUGCAGAAUGAACAAAAGAUUGAGCGGCUCUAUAUGACGGAGCUAUAGAACCUGAGAUCGCUGUUUGCUGCUGUUUCUUGCGGGACCCGUUCAUACUACACUACUCUUUGUACUUUGAAAAUCACACGAACCUUCAAAGGGGACAACUUCCUGAGGACAUAGUGAUCACUUAUCGACACUGGAGCACUUGAAGCGCGAGAUUAUGAUAAUGAUGGCGGAUUGUUAGGCAGUUCCGGUUGGGUUUUUUGGUUAAACAUUGUUUAGAUAGUUUAUUUCCAUCUGUGUUCCACAAUACAUCAAUUCCCGCAUCAUUUCUUCUUCUUCAGUCCUAUGUUACAACAUAAUAUUAUCGCUCUUUCUUUCCCCCAAAACCUGCUCGUUUCAUCGCAUCCGGUCCGUGUGCUUGGGGUGAUUACACCGAUACUGAAAUUCUGCUAUUCAUCUUUACAGUAUGUACAGACACACGCACCUUUCCACGAGAUUGCCUUCUCUAUACGAGCUGGCCUAUCCUUCUGUCCCUUUUUUUCAUUUGACGAUUCUUUCCUUUAAUUAUAGUAUCCAUUAUUAUACAUACACAUUUACACGGUUAAGGCUCAUUUAGUGUUUUAGGGUAGUGAGGACGAUGUAGAACGGCGACAGAUUAGGCGGAGCAUCGUUAUUUUUAUUGUGUUUCCUCCAACCAGCCCCGGUGUAAAAGGACUAUUGGGGAGAAACAAAGAAAAGUUUUGCUCCUAAUGAAAAUCCUCAACUUUUCACGCAAACCGAAUGAAAUCCGUGUGUGUCUUGUCCAGCUGGAUCUGGAAACUAAUUCCUCGUUCAAUCGUAGUAGAGUCAGUCGGUUUUUCAUACCGCCCGUGUUCCACGGAUUCUAUAGGUUUUUUUUAACGGUGAUACAUUUAAUAAAUCGGAUAAACCUUCUCUAAGAACCAAUAACAGUA